AGCCUGACAUUCUCUCUCUAGAAAGUUAAGAGUUAAGACGCAAGAAAAAGACUCAUUACUUGCUUUCUUUUGCUUCUCCGUUAACAGUAUUCUUUUACUUUCCCAAAUUGCCCUCUGCUUCCUUUCAAAACUCCAUUUCGCUCCUCUUUCCUCAGAGAUUCUAACAACAGUCAAAGAUCCUCCCCUACUUCUCACAUAUUUUCUCACCUAUUUUCUCGCACUUUCUCUCGUUUUCUCGACUAUGUCAGGCCUCCGCCGGAGUUGAAAGGGAUUGUUGCGGCUAAAACGCUAUGGAUUUGACUGAAGGAGUCGGAGAGAGCUCGUCUCCGCCGCGUAGCUUCGGAAGUUUCAGUAACUACGAUGUGCGAAAAGACGUGUUUAAUCGGUUGAUAGUGUGUGGAAAUGAAGAGGCUGUGUGUAAUCCGGACUUUCGCGAGCAGUUGGAUGCUCACUUCAAUCGAUUGCCUGCGAGGUAAUUAUGGAAAUAAAGACGUUUAUGGACUUGAUGUCAAUAUGGAUAGAGUGGAGGACGUUUUGUUACAUCAAAAUCUUCUUGCACUUGCAAAGGACCCAGAGAAGCGGCCUGUUUAUCAUAUCCGAUUCAUGGAGAACAUUUGCACCAGCCCAGAUGGUACUGAGGAUCAACAGUAUAUAAACGUUAUUUCUAGUCCAAGGCCAUCUCUUGAUGCAGAUAAUGAAGGAGUUGUGCCAUCUCAUAAGAGAAUCAAGGAUUCUGCAAUUGACUUUGAGCCUUGCUCUAAGCUUGGGGACCUCAAUUUGGAUGUUAGAAAGGAUACCAAUGAUUUGGAGGAAAGAUAUCUUACAGAUCAGUUCUCAGGAAGGCAAGAAACUUUGAACAUUCAUGAAGUAAUAUUUUCUACAGUAGACAAACCAAAACUUCUUAGUCAGCUUUCUGCGUUGCUUUCUGACAUUGGACUAAAUAUUCGAGAAGCACACGUGUUCUCUACAACUGAUGGCUACUCCUUGGAUGUAUUUGUCGUGGAUGGAUGGCCUGUUGAGGAUACAGAUGGUUUGUAUAAGGCGACGGAAAAAGCAAUUGCUAGAAGUGAGGGAUCAUGGUCUGGUUCUUCAAAUUCCCGUCCAGCUGUAGAGAAGGCAUUAGCAGCACAAACAAUAUCUGGAGAUUGGGAAAUAGAACGAAAAAUAUUAAAGAUAGGAGAAAGAAUUGCAUGUGGAUCUUGUGGAGACUUGUACCGUGGCGUUUACCUUGGUCAAGAUGUUGCUGUUAAAAUUCUUCGAUCUGAGCAUUUAAAUGAUGCUUUGGAAGAUGAAUUUGCUCAAGAAGUGGCUAUUCUACGGGAGGUCCAACACAGAAAUGUUGUUCGUUUUAUUGGUGCAUGCACAAAGCCCCCUCAUUUAUGCAUAGUAACUGAGUAUAUGCCUGGAGGAAGUCUGUAUGAUUACUUGCAUAAAAACCAUAAUGUCUUGAAGCUCUCUCAAUUGCUGAGGUUUGCAAUUGAUGUGUGCAAAGGAAUGGAGUAUUUGCAUCAGAACAACAUAAUUCAUAGGGACCUUAAAACAGCAAACUUGCUUAUGGAUACCCAGAAAGUCAUUAAGGUGGCAGACUUUGGUGUUGCUCGGUUUCAGAGUGAAGGGGGAAUAAUGACAGCCGAGACUGGAACAUAUAGAUGGAUGGCUCCAGAGGUUAUAAACCAUCAGCAGUAUGAUCAGAAAGCAGACGUAUUUAGUUUUGCUAUUGUACUGUGGGAGCUAGUAACAGCCAAGGUUCCAUAUGAUAACAUGACUCCCCUUCAGGCUGCACUGGGAGUGAGACAGGGACUGCGCCCUGAUCUUCCCGAGAACGCUCACCCAAAACUUUUAGACUUGAUGCAGAGAUGCUGGGAAGGGGUUCCUAACAAGCGGCCUUCCUUCUCCGAUAUAGAGCUUGAACUUGAAGCUCUUGUGCAUGAAGUUCAGGAAACUUCGGGAGCUGUAAAUGGCAAAUGAGCAAUCUAAACACACAAUGUCGUAAUCGGCACGUUUUGAGGCGUUUGUGUUGUGUUGUAAGUUGAAAAGAGAGUUAUAGAGGUUUACAUAUUUUACAAGUGAGAGAGAAAUUGACCAAGGCAUUCCUAUACCGCAUGAGAUAGACUUAUAAACAAAAAAAAAAAAAAAA